AUGCCAAGAUUACAACAAGCUUCAAGAGGCAUCAUCAGGACAGCAGACCUGGAAUUGCAACAGUCAGAAAAUAUAGCUUGUAAAAAAUGCAUAGCAGAAUAUGAAGCAGACUUUUUAGAUAAUUUGCAAGAUCUGGAAAGGAGGUCCAGCAAAAAUGCCAAAUAUUGUAUCGACCCUGUCAUGAUCGACAGUCAGCCAGAAUUGGAAUGGUACAUGAGACCUUAUCUGAUCGAUUUUUUGCUGGAAUUGCAUGCGUAUUUCAGAUUGAGACCAGAAACGUUGUUCUUGGCAUGCUCCAUCGUGGACCGGUAUUUAUCAAAACGAAUGGUUCGGAAGGCGCAUUACCAGCUUACCGUAAGUACAGCGUUGUGGAUCGCAGCCAAAUACGAGGACAAAAAAAGUAGAACGCCUCUUUUGAAAGAAUUGGUCCAUUUGUGUCGCAACGUUUACGAAGCCAAAAUGUUCGUGCAGAUGGAAAUGCAUAUUCUCAGUACUUUGGAUUGGUCAAUUGGGUGUGUUGCGUCCAGUUACGAUUGUCUAGCGCUUUUUCUCGACAUGGAGUGUUUUGAAAAAGACCCAGCCGCUUCGUCAAUCGCACAAUUGGCCUAUUUCCUUUUAGAACACUCGAUGUACGAGAGAAACUAUUUGCAACAUUCCUGCACAAUCCGUGCUCUCUCUGCGGCCCUGGUGGCCUCCAAAAUGAUGGAAAGUAGCAAUCUGGCAGAUCAGAUCCAUCUUGGCAUGUUUGCCAGCCCAGACCCACUUUUCCAAAGUGCUCUGCGGAAAUCAAAUGCGUUGAACGCAUUACCACUCACCACGGAGACUUUGCAAGACGUCAGAAAAUGCGGUCUCCUGUUUGUCAAUGACAUAUUCGGAACCAAAUUACUUCCGAAACCCUUUUCUGCCGCACUUCUUCAAAAAUACCGUGGCUCUUCUGUUGAACCCAUAGUAGAUCGCUACUGGUCUCAACAUAUCAGCCAGUACACUUCCUUCUGUCAAUUGACCCAAAAUUUGAAUGCAAUUGAUCGAGAACACGUCGAUGAAACCGUGGAGAACUUCAUCGAGAGCUUCGUUGGCCUAAGAUGUCUAAGAAAAAAUAACAGCGCUCAUUUCCCAGAGCCUUACAAAGCUGCAUAUUGGUCUAGUCGGUCCAGCAGUGAACACUCUGCUCAUAUUGAUUUGACAGACUGCCCAGGUGGCUGGCCUUCAAGUCCAUAUGCCUCUCAUCCGCCAACAACUGCAAAUUUAUCAGACUCCGAAUCUACCACGCCUUACACUCCACUAUCCUCAUCAGGCUCGAUAUUCAGCAGUAGUUUUUCAAAUUUAUCACAAUCUUCAGCUGGGUCGCCGAUGCUGUCUCAUACCGGCAAACCAUUAAUGACAAGGUGGACUUCCCACUCUCACGGCUACAACAAUACACAACGGGUCUUGACUCGUCUCAACAGUGUUGAGAGCAGUUUAAUGGAAUAG